AUGAGGUUGGCGGGCGCGACGAGGAAGCAAGGGAUUGCUGCGGUCGUGGGGAACCAAGCUUGUUGGUUGAUUGGGUGGCUCUGGGGAUUGUUGUCGGUGUGUAAAGACGAGGAAGUAAACCAGCCAAGGGAGGUUCCGCGGGGAGAGUGGGCUAGAGUGCGAGGGACCACCAACUGGUUCCAGUCAACGGUGAGACGAACCGGACCAGUACCGUACCUGACCACUGUUCAGUCGGUCCGGGUCGCUUGUGUGCUUGGUUGGUGA